GUUGCUAUCAGGCGUGGAGAGCAUCAGCUCAAGGAAUAGAUAGAUCUUGGGCUUGGUGUACGGCGUACUUACACUGAGAGAAGAGGAGUAUUGAUGAGGAUCGAAUGCGCGAUCACGUCUACGCGACAUCACGUGCGGUCAUGCACGAACCAAGCAAAGCUUCAACCGACGUCGCAACUUCAUCGCGACAACCUCCCAUCACGCUCAUCGCAGCCCAUCGCUGCUGCCCUUGUCAUCACCUACAAGGCUUCAUCGGCGCCUGUGCUAUAAGUCGGCCAGGCUGUCAUCCACUCUCUUUUCGUACUGUCCCUUGGACGCACACCUCAGCCCUCAACUGCAGGACUGCCAGUCGGGUUGUUCAAGUGACCUCCGUUUCGAGUCGAACAUCGCCUCCUGUACGGGUAGGCACCGUCUCUAGUAUUGGUAGGACGUCUAUUUCCUGUAACGGGCAGGCUCCGGUCUCCCAUACCAGGCAGUCGGCGUUUCUCCUAUAUCUGGCAGACGUUGUGUCUCCCGCGAGUGGGCGUGGGCUCUCGUUACAGACGGACCAAGUAACUCUCGUCUUGGCUGUCUGCUGUGCUGGGCAGGUCGAGUGUCUCCUGUAUAGGGCAGACUGAACGUCUCCCAUACUAGGUAGGCCAAGUAUCUCCCGGAUUGAGACCGGCGCUCUGCGCAUAGGUCAGGCUGUUUCAAGGUCCGUCCAGGGACAUGGCUCACCGCCGGCCCAUCGGAGUCAAGGCUGCUUCGGAGUCGCAAAGCCUGG